AUGCGACUUCAAGGAAAGGUAGCCGUCAUUACUGGUGCGGCCGGGAACAUAGGUCUGGAGACAGCCAGGCAGUUCUUACGAGAAGGCGCGAGUGUGGCACUGGUAGACUUGAACGCUGAGGCGCUCGAAAGUGCUAAGACGCAGCUGGUACCUGAUAUUCCGACAACAAACGAGAGCCAUGUCCUGGUGAUUGUUACGGAUUCGACGUCCGAAGACGACACUACGAGGAUGUUUUCCGAGGUAGUAGCUAAGCUAGGUCGGCUCGACUGUGCUUUCCUCAACGCCGGUAUCAGUUACUCCUCAACGCCCAUUUUGGAUGAGACCAUGGAUCGGUUCGACAAGGUGAUGAAUGUUAAUGUACGAUCUGGUGUGAAAUACGCUGGAAUGGCAAUGAAGGAGUUGGGCAACGGUGGUAGUAUAAUCAUUACCUCUUCAAUCGCCGGUCUGCGAGGGACCCCUGGAAUGUCAAUCUACGCGACUUCUAAAUUUGCCCUGCGCGGUCUUAGUCUUACUGCUGCUGGUGAGCUGGGGCCGUUCGGAAUCAGAGUCAACACGGUCCAUCCUAGUGGCGUGAAUACCCCGAUGUUUCAUGCAACCUGGGGCCCGGAAAAGAUUGAAGAGCUAAAGAAGGCGAUGCCGCUGGGUCGUUUUGCCGAGGUUGAUGAUAUUGCCGGGGUUGUGGUAUUCCUCGCCUCCGACGAGAGCAAAUUCAUGACUGGUGGAAUGCUCAAGGUUGAUGGACGAAGCGUGAGUUUCUAG